AUGGCGCUGCUCUGUAGUCUCCAGUCUUCUCCGCGUGUGCAGAUUCAGGCGAAGACGGAGGUCCCGCUGACUCCAAAGCUGCUGGCCCUGGAUCCGCAACAGGAGAGUGAGUUCAAGAAAAAAGUGCAGCAAGCCAAGAAGAAUAGGGCCAGCAAGGCGAGCAGAUUCGCUCCUGGUGUCAUCUAUGUGGGACAUCUACCUGUGGGUUUGUUUGAACCACAACUAAAAGCAUAUUUUGAGCAGUUUGGCAAAGUGCUGCGGCUUCGUCUGUCUAGGAGUAAGAAGACUGGUGGAAGUAAAGGCUAUGCCUUUAUAGAGUUUGACUGUGAUGAGGUCGCUCGGAUUGUUGCAGAAACUAUGAACAAUUACCUCAUGGGGGAGAGACUCAUUAAAUGCCAUGUGGUUCCACCAGAGAAGGUGCACGAGGAGCUGUUUAAUGGCUCUCAGAGGGGGUUCAGUAAGCCCUCUUUCCCCGCUGUCUCCCGCUACAACAAGCCUCAUUCCCAAGAAGACUUGGUGAAAAUGGGAAAGAACCUGGUGCGCAAAGAGGUCAAGCUCCGGAAGCGCCUCUCAGAGAAGGGCAUCGAUUAUGACUUUCCCGGAUUUGCGGCCCAAGUUCCCCACAAGAAGAAGCCAGAAGCAGACAUAUCAACUCUCAGUGACACAACCCCCGUCUGCACCCCGUCGUUACUGGAGAGGAGGAAGUCCAUGUUGGUGGAUGACGAAGACGAUGACGAGGUCACUGUGAAGAUGCCUCAAAAGUACAAAGACGAGGAAGAAGAGUCCUCAGAGGAAGAGGAGCAGGCUAAGAAGGGAGAGUGA